AUGGUCACUUGUGGUUAUUGUAGUGGUUUCUGGAAACUAUUUUCUAGUUCAUCAGUGUCCCCUAGAAAAGUGUCGUGUUCUUCGUCAAGAUUUGGUGACUUGUCUGAAUCAGAUUUUAGUACACCUCAGAGAUCAAAAAGAAAUUUUCAAUUUGUCCAAACAACAGUGUCAGAACUUCGACAAAAGAACAAAUGUCUAGUUCAAAAAUGCCAUCGGCUCGAACAAAAAAUUUGCGAAUUGAAUAUGAUUAUCAAAGAUCAAAAUGAUAGGCUAUUACAAACUAUUUCUGCAGCCGAUAACUGUAAAGCAUUAAGAUCAGAUAUUAUUGAAUAUAUUGUUGCUGGAAAGAGACCUAAUACCUAUAGUGAAGAAAUUCGAAAAUGUUCAGUAACUUUGCAAUAUUAUUCACCCAAGGCUUAUAUGUAUGUUAGAGAAAAGUUUAAUAACACAUUGCCUCACCCAAGAACAUUAAGUCGGUGGUAUAUGGCCAUUGAUGGCAAACCCGGAUUUACUAAAGAAUCUUUUGAUACAUUGGCUGAUUUUGCAAAAACAAAAGUAGUUCAAUGUAAUUUAGUGAUUGAUGAAAUGAGUAUACGAAAACAAGUAGAAAUGGAUAGUAAUCGAAAUGUGUAUAUAAUCUUUGUUGAUUUGGGUGUCACAAGUACCGAAAAUACAGAUACAAAUAUACAAGAGGCAAAAAAUGCUUUAGUUUUUAUAUUAGUUGGAAUAAAUGGUUACCUACUGGAAGUUACCAAUUGGUUUUUUUUUUAA